ACAACAAAAACUAGAGUCAGUAAAAACACAAGAUUUAAAAAGAAGAAGAAAAUGAGAGAAGGAUCUCAUCUUAUCGUCCUGCCUUUCCCAGGACAAGGCCACAUAACUCCAAUGUCCCAGUUCUGCAAACGCUUAGCCUCAAAAGGUCUUAAGCUCACUCUUGUCCUCGUCUCCGACAAACCCUCUCCUCCAUACAAAACAGAGCACGACUCAAUCACUGUCUUCCCCAUCUCCAAUGGCUUCCAAGAAGGCGAGGAGCCAUUACAAGACCUCGAUGAUUACAUGGAAAGAGUAGAAACCAGCAUCAAAAACACCUUACCGAAUUUGAUAGAAGACAUGAAACAGUCGGGAAAUCCUCCUAGGGCUAUCGUGUACGACUCCACCAUGCCGUGGCUUCUUGAUGUAGCUCAUACUUAUGGUUUGAGCGGUGCUGCGUUUUUCACGCAACCUUGGCUUGUCACAGCUAUUUACUACCAUGUUUUCAAGGGUUCGUUCUCUGUACCGUCUACAAAGUAUGGUCACUCGACGUUAGCAUCUUUCCCUUCAUUUCCGAUGCUGAAUGCAAAUGAUUUGCCGUCUUUCCUCUGUGAAUCGUCCUCAUACCCGAAUAUACUGAGGAUUGUGGUGGAUCAGCUCUCAAACAUUGAUCAAGUAGACAUAGUGUUGUGCAACACUUUCGAUAAAUUGGAGGAAAAGUUGUUGAAAUGGGUCCAAAGCUUGUGGCCGGUCUUGAACAUAGGACCAACGAUUCCAUCUAUGUAUUUAGACAAACGACUGUCUGAAGACAAGAACUACGGUUUUAGCCUCUUCAAUGCGAAAGUUGUUGAAUGCACGGAGUGGCUAAACUCAAAGCAGCCUAAUUCUGUUGUCUACAUAUCAUUCGGAAGUUUGGUGAUUCUAAAAGAAGAUCAAAUGUUGGAACUUGCUGCGGCCUCAAAAGGUCUUAAGCUCACUCUUGUCCUCGUCUCCGAUAAACCCUCUCCGCCGUACAAAACAGAGCACGACUCAAUCGCUGUCGUCCCCAUCUCCAAUGGUUUCGAAGAAGGUGAGGAACGAUCACAAGUCCUAGAUGAUUACAUGGAAAGAGUAGAAUCCAGCAUCAAAAACAGCUUGCCGAAGCUGAUAGAAGACAUGAAACUGUCGGGAAAUCCUCCUAGGGCUCUCGUGUACGACUCCACCAUGCCGUGGCUUCUUGAUGUAGCUCAUACUUAUGGUUUGAGCGGUGCCGUGUUUUUCACGCAGCCUUGGAUUGUCUCAGCUAUUUACUAUCAUGUUUUCAAAGGCUCGUUCUCUGUACCGUAUACAAAGUACGGUCACUCAACGUUAGCAUCUUUCCCUUCGUUCCCAAUGCUAAAUGCAAAUGAUUUGCCGUCUUUCCUCUGUGAAUCGUCCUCUUACCCAUAUAUCCUAAGGACUGUGAUCGAUCAGCUCUCAAACAUUGAUCGAGUUGAUAUAGUUUUGUGCAACACUUUCGAUAAAUUGGAAGAAAAGUUGCUGAAAUGGGUCCAAAGCGUGUGGCCUGUCCUGAACAUAGGACCAACUGUUCCAUCAAUGUAUUUAGAUAAGCGACUGCCUGAAGACAAAAACUACGGAUUCAGCCUCUUCGAUGCUAAAAUCGCUGAAUGCAUCGAGUGGCUAAACUCGAAGCAGCCUAAUUCAGUUGUUUAUGUAUCAUUUGGGAGCAUGGUGGUUCUAAAAGAAGAUCAACUGAUAGAACUCGCGGCGGGUCUGAAACAGAGCAGACAUUUCUUUUUGUGGGUUGUGAGAGAGACGGAGAAAAACAAACUUCCAGAAAACUAUAUAGAGGAAAUUGGUGAGAAAGGACUGAUCGUGAGCUGGAGUCCACAACUUGAAGUUCUUACACAUAAAUCGAUCGGUUGUUUCUUGACACAUUGUGGAUGGAACUCGACGUUAGAGGGACUGAGUUUGGGAGUUCCAAUGAUUGGUAUGCCACAUUGGGCAGAUCAGCCCACAAAUGCUAAGUUCAUCGAGGAUGUGUGGAAAGUUGGGGUUAGGGUUAAAGCAGACGGUGAUGGGUUCGUGAGAAGAGAAGAGAUUGUGAGACGUGUGGGAGAAGUUAUGGAGGGAGGGAAAGGUAAAGAGAUUAGAAAGAAUACUGAGAAAUGGAAGGAGUUGGCUCGAGAAGCUGUUUCUCAAGGAGGUAGUUCUGAUAAGAGCAUCGAUGAGUUUGUUUCUAUGCUUUAAAUCCUUCUGCUUCAAGUAGUGAAGAAAUGAAUAGAGGUUCAAUGAAACAUAAUCCUAAGC